GAAAUUUUCUCCAAUGAAAGACAUGAUCCUCUUCUCCAUAUUCAUUCCUCUCUCUCUCUCUUCACCGCUCGCGCUCUUUCUCUCUCCUCCUUCCUCUUCCCCUCUCCGAUCCUUCGAUCACCGAUUGUAACAUUCAUCGCUCCCUUCGGUUUGUCACUUUGAGUUGAUUUUGGGGGUGUUCUUCGUAAGUUAUAUUGAUCUCUGAUACUUAGAAGCCGCAAGCUCUUGUUUUGAUGAUAAUAAGGAUUGAUUUGCAUCAACAACUCUCUACAUUAUGGAACAAAUGACAGAUUCAGAAAUUGAUCAACGGAGACAAGGCUAUCAUCAUUCUGAACCCUGUAUCCUUAUGAGAGGAACCACCAGCAUCUCACAGCCUAAUAAUAUUCAUGCAAUGGUGAGAGCUUCAGGGAACACAACUAAUGUUGAAUCUCACUUUUUGCCAGAUGCUUAUGACAAUGCUAGGGUGUAUGGGGUUCCGCAAUACAAUGGAAUUCAGCCUCCACAUAACCUUGAGAUGGGUGUACCAGCUGCAACCAACUUAUAUUAUUCUGGCAUAAAUCCUUCUUCUGGUACUGGUGUUUUCCCCCUGCCUCUAAAUCACAGAGCCUCUGAUCAGUUGCCAGGUUCCAGCACAUUUGCAGUUGCUGGAGUUUCUUCAGAUAAUUUUGGGAGAAGUUCUGGUUACAUGGAUGAUGUUAGAGGUCCAUACAAAAGGAAAACUGCUGAAGGGAUUAGAGGAAGUCACCAGUAUUUUAAUGGUUCAUCUAGCUCUUCAAUUGGUCCCCCUAAUGCAAGACACACUGAUGGGGUUGCUAUGAUGGAUAAUGCAUCAUUUUCAUUCCGCAUCCCUUCACUUGUGGAAGUAGGACCACAUGGUAGUGCAUGGAGCCGGGCAGGUGAGUCUAUUAUGGUGCAUGACCAUAAUCAUUUGAUCCAUGGAAACUAUUUAGGGCAGCACUUUCAGCCAGCUGCUCCUCCCUGGUUGGACCAGCAGUUGAGUAGUAACAAUAAUGAUGGUCAUACUACACCCUGGAAUCAGUCUCUUCCUAUGCCUUAUGUACAAGCACCCAAUGUUAAUGGAAGUUCAUUAGAGAGUGCAAGUAUGGGUUUGCAUAGAUACCAUGAUCCAUCUGCGAACCGAAAUGGCCUCAGGUUUCCUCAUCCUCUUCCUGUCAACCAACAGCACCAUAAUUAUCAUCACCCAGCACUGCCUAUGCAAGGAGUAAGAGGUCACAAUAUCAACUUUCACCCUGCUGCAGUAAAUGCAGCUUCAUAUAGACUUCCAACAAAUCCUUCACGCGGUGUUGCGAUCCCAGCACAGACUGGUUUUGAGAUGGGUCCUAGGCAUGUUGGCCCCGCCCCACAACCUGGCCUUCGGAUUUACCGACCUCAUAGAGGUGUUGUGCCUGAGACAACUCUUGGACAUCGAACUCUUCCCCCUGUGGGCUUCCUGCAAGUUGAUGAUGUUGCUUUAAUUGAUGAAGUGGGCCAUUAUGUUGACCAUCACAGAGAUAUGCGCUUGGACAUAGAGGAUAUGUCUUAUGAGGAUCUCCUUGCAUUGGGUGAGCGGAUUGGCAAUGUAAGCACUGGUUUAUCAGAGGAAACAAUUACAACUCAACUGAAGACAAAAACUUAUUUAAUGCGUGCUACUGCUAUUAAUCUGGAGGAGGAAGCCUCUGAUGACCAGGAAACAGAUUCUUGUAUAAUAUGUCAGGAUGAAUUUAAGAACCAAGAGGAAAUUGGAGUUCUUCGAUGCGAGCAUGAAUAUCAUGCAGAUUGCUUGAAGAAGUGGUUGGUUGUCAAAAAUGUCUGCCCCAUUUGCAAAUCAGAAGCUUUGACUCCUGGAAGGAAGGAUGGAUAGGAAAUGAAAUGAAAUGAACAUCUCUUUCUCUUCCUCCUUGGAUAAUUUAUUUUUGAACAGAAUUCAUAUUUUGUUAUAUGUAUUUUGUAUAUGUACUUGCACAUAUAUAGACGGUCAAUACUGCCCAACUCAUUUAUCGUUGGCACCAGAACUUGUAUCUAUCAACUUGUACAGACUUUGUUCUGUUUGAUCAAGUAAAACUUCAGGUACUCAUAUCA